AGGGAGAGAGAGCGAGGGAGGAAAAAAAAAAAAAGGCGAAGAAGGGAAGGAAAGAGGGAAGAGAGGAAAAAAAAAAAAAGCCGGCCGAAGCCAUGGCCGGGCUGCGGAGCUGCGGGCUGCUCCUCUGCCUGCUCCUGGCCCGGGCCCUGCGCUUCCCGGACUAUUCCUACGUGCUGGAGGAAGAGGAGGAGGACGAGGAGCCCCUGGACUACAAGGACCCCUGCAAAGCCGCCGCCUUCCUGGGUGACAUCGCCCUGGACGAGGAGGACCUGCAGCUCUUCCAGGUGGACCGCGUGGUGGACCUGGCCCGCCACACCAUCACCCGCCUGCCCUCCAACUCCUCAGGUACCGCCACGCCCCCUGCGCCCCCGCCUGCCCCGUCCCCAGUCCUGCUGACCCCUCCCGUCCCCACAGGCAGCAACGCCACCAGCCCGCGGCCGGGCCGCCCGGGGCGCCGCCGGGGCCGGCAGAGGGCACGGAGCCGCCGCGCCGCCACGUCCCGGCCGGAGCGAGUGUGGCCGGACGGGGUCAUCCCCUACGUGAUCAGCGGCAACUUCAGCGGCAGCCAGCGAGCCAUCUUCCGGCAGGCCAUGCGGCACUGGGAGAAGCACACCUGUGUCACCUUCCUGGAGCGCAAUGACGAGGACAGCUACAUCGUGUUCACCUACCGGCCCUGUGGGUGCUGUUCCUACGUGGGCCGCCGAGGAGGGGGACCCCAGGCCAUCUCCAUCGGCAAAAACUGCGACAAAUUCGGCAUCGUGGUGCACGAGCUGGGCCACGUCAUCGGCUUCUGGCACGAGCACACGCGCCCCGACCGGGAUGACCACGUCUCCAUCAUCCGGGAGAACAUCCAGCCAGGACAGGAAUACAACUUCCUGAAGAUGGAGCCGGAGGAGGUGGAGUCCCUGGGGGAGACCUACGACUUUGACAGCAUCAUGCACUACGCCAGGAACACCUUCUCCAGGGGCAUCUUCCUGGACACGAUCCUGCCCAAAUACGACGUGAACGGCGUCCGCCCCGCCAUCGGCCAGAGGACGCGGCUCAGCAAGGGGGACAUCGCCCAGGCCCGCAAGCUCUACCGCUGCCCAGCCUGCGGGGAGACACUGCAGGACAGCCAGGGCAACUUCUCCUCCCCAGAAUUCCCCAAUGGAUACUCUGCCCACAUGCACUGCGUCUGGAGGAUCUCCGUCACCCCCGGAGAGAAGAUCAUCCUGAAUUUCACUACCCUGGACCUGUACCGAAGCCGGCUGUGCUGGUACGACUACGUGGAGGUGAGAGACGGGUUCUGGAGAAAGGCCACGCUGCGAGGCAGGUUCUGCGGGAACAAGCUGCCCGAGCCCAUCGUCUCCACCGACAGCCGCCUGUGGGUGGAGUUCCGCAGCAGCAGCAACUGGGUGGGCAAAGGUUUCUUCGCCGUCUACGAAGCCAUCUGCGGGGGGGACGUGAAGAAGGACAACGGCCACAUCCAGUCCCCCAACUACCCCGAUGACUACCGGCCCAGCAAGGUGUGUGUCUGGAAGAUCACUGUGUCCGAGGGCUACCACGUGGGACUGACCUUCCAGUCCUUCGAGAUCGAGCGCCACGACAGCUGCGCCUACGACUACCUGGAGAUCCGGGACGGCAGCAGCGACUCCAGCAGCCUCAUCGGCCGCUACUGCGGCUACGACAAACCCGACGACAUCAAGAGCACCUCCAACAAGCUCUGGAUGAAGUUCGUCUCCGACGGCUCCAUCAACAAGGCCGGGUUCGCCGUCAACUUCUUCAAAGAGAUGGACGAGUGCUCCCGGCCCAACAACGGCGGCUGCGAGCAGCGCUGCGUCAACACCCUGGGCAGCUACAAGUGCGCCUGUGACCCCGGCUACGAACUGGCGUCUGACAAGCGCCGCUGCGAGGCCGCCUGCGGAGGUUUCCUCACCAAGCUCAACGGCUCCAUCACCAGCCCGGGGUGGCCCAAGGAGUAUCCCCCCAACAAGAACUGCAUCUGGCAGCUGGUGGCGCCCACCCAGUACCGCAUCUCCCUGCAGUUCGACUUCUUCGAGACCGAGGGCAACGAUGUGUGCAAAUACGACUUUGUGGAGGUGCGCAGCGGGCUCACGGCAGACUCCAAGCUGCACGGGAAGUUCUGCGGCGCCGAGAAGCCCGAGGUCAUCACGUCCCAGUACAACAACAUGAGGAUCGAGUUCAAGUCCGACAACACCGUCUCCAAGAAGGGCUUCAAAGCCCAUUUCUUCUCAGACAAGGACGAGUGCUCCAAGAACAACGGGGGCUGCCAGCACGAGUGCCUCAACUCCUUCGGCAGCUACGAGUGCCAGUGCCGCAGCGGCUUCGUGCUGCACGACAACAAACACGACUGCAAGGAAGCUGGCUGUGACCACAAGGUGACAUCUGUCUCGGGGACCAUCACCAGCCCCAACUGGCCCGACAAAUACCCCAGUAAGAAGGAGUGCACCUGGGCCAUCAGCACCACGCCGGGCCACCGCAUCAGGCUGAGCUUCUCGGAGCUGGACGUGGAGGCGCAGCAGGAAUGCACCUAUGACCACCUGGAGGUCUUCGAUGGGAAGGACGCCAAGGCCCCGGCGCUCGGCCGCUUCUGCGGGGCCAAGGAGCCCGAGCCCAUCGUCUCCUCGGGCAACAAGAUGUUCCUCAAGUUUGUGUCCGAUAACUCCAUCCAGAAGAAGGGAUUCGAGGCCACCCACACCACAGUGUGCGGGGGCCAGGUGCGCGCCGAGGUGAAGACCAAGGACUUGUAUUCCCACGCGCAAUUCGGGGACAACAACUACCCGGGGGGCUCGGACUGCGAGUGGGUGAUCAUGGCUGAGGAGGGCUUCGGCGUGGAGCUCAUCUUCCAGACCUUCGAGAUCGAGGAGGAGGCCGACUGCGGAUACGACUACAUGGAGCUCUUCGAUGGCUACGACGGGACGGCGCCGCGCCUCGGCCGCUUCUGCGGCUCCGGGCCCCCCGAGGAGAUCUACUCUGCCGGAGACUCGGUGAUGAUCCGCUUCCACUCGGACGACACCAUCAACAAGAAGGGUUUCCACCUUCGCUACACCAGCACCAAGUUCCAGGACACGCUGCACACGAGGAAAUGAGGGCCGGGGGUCCCGGCCCCGCCGCGGGCAGGGCAGCAGGAGGAGGAGGAGGAGGAGGAGGGCAGGGAGCGCUGCCCAGCACAGACUGCACGGAGGAGAAGCACACAGCCAACCUCAGCACUCAAGACACGCUCGCACGGGGCCCCGGGGCUCGGGCGCCCACGGCACGGGGCACGGGGGGGGUCCCCGCCAGCAGCCGCCCACCCCGGUGCUGGGGGGGCCGAGCAGGACCCGCUGCCCUCCCCUGCCCCGGCCAAAGCUCUGAAUGUACAAACCAGUAACCGGGAAGAGCCCAACACACACAAGGUGCUGUCUCUCUCUCUUGUACCCAUGAAAUAAAUACCCUUGUACUUGGA